AUCUUCCAAACCCUGCAUGAUCAAUAUUCUUUUUCUUCCGUACAACUCUCACCACAACAUCGACUUACCAUCCCGUCAUCCUUCUUUCCAAUUGCUAUAGAAACGCAGCAGUUUGUUACAAUGUCCAACAACACUGUCGGCGUUUUCCCUGCAUCCGGAGGCAUUGGAGGCAGCACUGUGAAAUACCUCCUUCCACGUGUUUCCCCCAAGAACCUUGUGUUUAUUGCUCGAAACCCUGCCAACUUGGACUUUGCCCGUGACGCUGGUGCAACGGUUCGCAAAGCGGAUUACGACGAUAACAAGGCACUUGAGCAUGCCUUUGACAAGAUUGAUACAUUGUUCUUGAUCUCUUAUGCCUCAAUCGAAUAUGAGCACCGAGCCGAGCGUCACCGAGCAGCAAUAGAUUUUGCUAUCCGCAGUGGAGUCAAGUAUAUCUUCUACGGAUCGCUUGGAUUUGCUGGAAAGGAAAGCAGCAAGAAAUCAGUGGCCCACGUGAUGCAGGCCCAUUUGGAUACAGAGAGAUAUCUUGAAGAAUGCGCCAGCAAGCAUGACGACUUCUGCUACACGAUUGUCCGUGAGGGCCUAUAUUCGGAGUCGUACCCGUUGUACACGGCAUUUUUCGACCCGACCAACCCCGUUGACAAGAUAAAAAUCCCACACGAUGGUUCAGAACCUGGAAUUGCUUGGGUGAAGCGCGAAGAGCUUGGUGAGGGAACAGCUGAGCUUAUCAAGCGGUUUAUUGAGAGCGAAUCGAAAUUCAAGUUCCGUGGUCAGACCGUUCUCCUUUCCGGUGUCAAGAUCUUGAGUCUCAAGGAAACUGUGGAUAUUUUGGGCAAGAUAGCAAAGAAGCAAGUGCAUAUCCAUCAAGUCUCAGAAGACGAGUUUGCAAAGCAGCCUCAGGUAUCGCAAAACUUCACCUAUAAAGAUGUCGAUUUAUCAAAGGCUUGGACAACAGCAUUUGAGGCAUUUCGUAGAGGUGAAGCGGCUGUCGUAUCCCCGUUGUUAGGUGAAUUGUUGGGUCGAGAGCCGGAAAGCUUUGAGAAGACGAUUUCUCAAUCAAUCUAAUUCAAUUUCAACCUAUGUCAUAAUGGAGUAUGAGGAUCCAAAUUCUCCAUGAAUAAAAGAUAUCAAUCACCGUC